AUGAAGUACUUCAGAAUUAUGAACAUGAAGCCCCGGUUUCGAUUCCUGCUAACUUGCAAGAACACACCGAUUCACGGUGCCUCUUUUCCCAAAUCUCGCAACUUUUCGUCCAGCACCACGAGUUUGUCUAAUUUCCACUCAAGCACCCACAAAGUUGAUUACAAUACCUUUUCGCCCCCUUUUUCCGGGUUCAAGUCCAUUUGGGGCCAAUCAAGAACUCUCUCAACCUCUAAUCCAAGCAACAUAUCCCUUUAUCCGUUUGCCUGCUAUUCGUUGGAUGUCCGCAGCUAUUCGACCUCGAUUGAGAGCCAUACAAACGACAAGAAUUUUGAGAGGAUAUACGUGCAGGGCGGGCUUAAUAUCAAGCCAGUAUUGGAUAAAGUCGAUUUGGAUGAGAGCUCCACAAAAAAGGGGGAUGAUAGUAGAGUUGAAUUCGAGGAUCACAGGACUAAUGGUGUUAAAAAUGAGGGUUUGAAUGAAAUUAGGGUGGGUGGGGAUGAGGAUGAGGUCGAAAAGGAGGCGUGGAGGCUGCUGAGGAAUGCUGUUGUGAGCUAUUGCGGGAGUCCAGUGGGGACUCUGGCGGCGAAUGAUCCUAAUGAUAAGCUGCCGCUCAAUUACGAUCAGGUGUUCAUUAGGGAUUUUGUGCCCUCGGCUUUUGCCUUCUUGCUCAAGGGUGAGGGAGAGAUUGUGAGGAAUUUCAUGCUUCACACCCUGCAGCUGCAGAGUGGAUGGAGUGAAAUUGGACUUUGGUGGAUUAUCUUGUUGCGAGCUUAUGGGAAACUCACGGGCGAUUACUCAUUGCAAGAAAGGGUCGAUGUCCAGACAGGAAUGAAACUGAUACUUAACCUCUGUUUGUCUGAUGGGUUUGACAUGUUUCCCUCUCUACUCGUCACAGAUGGGUCAUGCAUGAUAGAUCGGCGUAUGGGCAUUCAUGGUCAUCCACUUGAGAUUCAGUCCUUAUUCUACUCGGCCCUUAGAUGCUCACGUGAGAUGCUUACAGUCGAUGACGGAUCCAAGAAUUUAGUGAGGGCCAUCAACAACAGGCUUAGUGCAUUGUCCUUUCACAUACGAGAAUACUAUUGGGUUGACCUCAAAAAGAUCAAUGAAAUCUACCGUUAUAAGACUGAGGAAUAUUCAACUGAAGCCACUAACAAGUUCAAUAUCUACCCCGAACAAAUUCCUGACUGGCUUAUGCAUUGGAUUCCUGAGGAAGGAGGCUAUCUCAUUGGGAAUUUGCAGCCAGCUCAUAUGGAUUUUAGGUUCUUCACUCUUGGGAACCUAUGGUCAAUAGUAUCAUCUUUGGGGACCCCAAAGCAAAAUGAAGCUAUAUUGAACUUGAUUGAGGCCAAGUGGGACGAUCUUAUUGGUCAGAUGCCUCUUAAAAUUUGCUACCCGGCUUUGGUGGGGGAAGAGUGGCGAAUAAUCACGGGAUCCGAUCCAAAGAAUACACCUUGGUCGUAUCAUAAUGGUGGGUCGUGGCCGACGCUUUUGUGGCAGUUCACGUUGGCGUGCAUGAAAAUGGGCCGUACUGAUUUAGCCGAGAAGGCAAUCAAUUUGUCCCAAAAAAGACUUCCUGCCGAUAAAUGGCCCGAAUAUUAUGACACGCGUAAUGGCAAGUUUAUAGGAAAGCAGGCCCGUCUCUACCAGACAUGGUCGAUUGCUGGAUUUCUGACUUCAAGGAUGCUCUUAGAAAACCCGGAAAAGGCUUCUGUUUUGUAUUGGGAAGAAGACUAUGAUCUUCUUGAAAUAUGUGUUUGUGCUUUGAGCAACUCCACCCGUAAAAAGUGCUCACGCAGGCUUGCCAAGUCUCAGAUUUUGGUUUGAUAGAAAAUUCAUUAUUCUAAAAAAAAAAAAAACUAACACAUUUUACAUAUGUACAGAUGAUAUAGGUUUAAUGUAUACUGGUGAUCACUAAUUUUUUAGGAUCCAUACUUAGUUAAUGGUCCAUUCUAGGAAAGUCAAUUUAAUUUGAUGCUUGUGGAGGCCCUCCUUUUAAGUGGCCGAUUAGUUUGUAUGUAAAUGUGUAUUAAAAAUUUGUCACAUUGUCAGAAUAAGACUGGAAAU